CAAAACUCCCAGAAUCCUCUUUACUCAAAUCCAAUUCCUCAAAAUUAUUAUCAAAAUAAUAAUAAUACAUCACAACAGCAAAACUCCUCUCAAAAUUCUAAUCGAGAUAAUAAUAUAUCACAACAGCAACACUUCUCUCAAAAUUCUAAUCAAAAUAAUAAUAUAUCACAACAGCAAAACCUCUCUCAAAAUUCUAAUCCAAAUGCUAAUAUGUCACAACAGCAAAACCUUUCUCAAAAUUCCAAUCCAAAUGCUAAUAUGUCACAACAGCAAAACUUCUCUCAAAAUUCUAAUCAAAAGGCUAAAUUGUCACAACAGGAAGAACUUUUUAUAAUGCAACAACAACUAAAAUAUCAUCAAGAGUUGUGCAAAAUGAUAAGCAACAUGGGGAACUCUAUUUCAGAUUUAAUUUAA